CUUGGCAGAGCUGGGGAACUUUCCCUUUGUGCUGAAACACAUGAAUCUCUUGCAUUCCUCCCACUUUUUGUUUUGCAAGGGCGGGGAGCUAAGGAAACAUUUGCUUUCGAAUGAACUUUCGAAUUAAAUUAGAUUUCUGGAGCAACCCGACAGUCCUCUUAACAUUCCUGCUUGGGUCGACGUUGCCAGGAGCAGAGAGAAAAAAAACAAGACCACCCAGGAGGAUCCAAUUUAAAACAUAACUCAGGCGAUCGGCGGUGUAGGGGACAGUGUUGUCGUUGCAAAACGUGAGAUGUCGCUGCCGAAGAUGUUUUCCCCUCAUUUCUGUCCCAAUGGUUGCAGAUGGCAGCGAUCCUGGGAGUUUUUGCCAUUGGAAUGAAGUGAUCCCUUUGGCUAUUUGAAUGGCGGUGAGCAGCAGUCAUGGACUGGCCCUCCUGUUCAAUCCGAGCCGUGCUGUCCAUCGCUUCCAGUGAGCUGCAGGUUUACCCCGGGUUACUGGCAGUCGCUGUGGUGCUGGGCUUUUUACUGGGAAUGGUUGGCGGAAUUCUUCUUUACACAUUCGUGCUGGAAUCCGCCUUGCAAAGGAAGGAAAUUUGUUCAAAUGGAUCUGAUGAUGAUUCCGACUCUGAGGCUUCUGAGGAUAGCCAAAGUUAUAGAAGCAAUCAAGAAAUAGUUGAAGAAAGAGGAGCUAAAGGCAGAGCUUCCCCUUUUCACGAAGAAAAUGAAACUUCAUUGAACAGUAAUAUAGCUGCUUUUGCACUGAAAGCAAGAGUCAUAUAUCCCAUUAAUCAAAAAUUCAGGCCACUAGCAGAUGGAUCAUCUCAUCCCUCUCUAUUAGAGGGCAUGAAGCAGAGAGAUCAGACCAAAAGAGCAAAAGAAGAUAUAGGGUCUGAGUUACAUGAUCAGAAGGACGAGAGAGAUUGCCAUUCCUUUCCACAGAAUUAUUCACCAACAGACCCAAUAACACGUGCUGAAAGUAACAUAGUUCCAUCGGUGACAUUCUUUUCUGAAGUACUAGUUUAUACAAGUCCUGAUGUAGAGCUUGGCCUGUACAGACUCAGUCUGCAAGCGUUGAGGCUUUUAGACACAGAACUACGUCAAGAAAAGUAUAUGAUGUUUCUUCAGUUACUAAGAAUCCAGCUCAAUGAUUUAUACUUGAAGGAGAAAAUAGAGGAGAAGUUUUACAGAGAUUUUCUUUCCAUACAAGAAAAGGAACUGGAAAAGCUGGAGAAAACAGAGCAGCCAAUGUUGCCUGGUGUAGCCAAUAGAAAAGCUUCUGAACAUCAUUAUACUUUGGAGGAAACUGAAAGAGAUGAAUGCAACUACUUGCAAUAUACCAUUUGCCAGUUCAGUGGAUUCCUCCAACAAACUGAAAGUACCCGCUUCUUCCUCUUGACUCAUUCCACGCUCCCUAAGGUCACGGUACAGGAGAUAAUGAGGAACAUAAGUGAAAAAAUGUUGCAGGUGGAGAGUCUGCUAACUGACUGCCUUACUUUUCAAGUCACGGUUAUUCUGGAUAAGCUGUUGCAUUGGGAGUUCAUGGCAAAAAGCCUUCAUUCCUUGAAGUGGAUUUUGCAGCAAGAAAACAAAGACAAAUUGAAGAUGGUGACCUCAGUGCUGAACAUUCUUGCCAGCAAUGGUGAAUUGGCUUUUUGGCAAAAAGAAGAGAUUUUAGCCAGACUACAAAGUUUUGUUCAAGACAGUGUGGACACAUACAUCAAUGAAUGUGCAAAACAAACUAAAGAGCUCAUUUUGGAAAUGAAGAGAAGACACAGAACUUUGGUGAAGCAACUUGAAGAGACACAAAGACAAGAAACAAUUAAUCUGAAAGAACGGGCAAGACAAAUGCUCGAUCCUACUGAGUUUAUUCAGAGUUUUCAUGAGCUUACAGAGCGGCACAGGCAGAUACGCUGUGAUGUGGAGGAUGAAGAGGAUCAUAAUGAUGUCAAGGCUGUUACUGAGCUAUGGGAGAAUCUGCACUCUGCCUCAUCAUGGGCCCUGGACAAAGUGAUCAAACAGCUUUUCACAGAAACCCUACCGAACCUUACUGGAGUAUCUUUUUCUGCAUUGGAAACUCUGAGAAGCCGUCUGCAGCAAGAUCUGACAGCAAGGAAACAGGCAACAGAAGAAGGAAGACAGCAGCAUUUGAAACAGCUCCAAGGAAAACUGGCCCAAAUGAAGCAGGUAUGGCUAGACGAGCAAGUACUUAACUCGGUGAGGCAGAAACAUCUGGUUGAUAAGCAGGAGAAGAUCAUUCAAGCUUUCCUACUGAGGCAGAGUGGCCUAGAUGAGAAGGUUUCUAAACAUAUUAUGCUGGAGCACAAGGUAGCUUUACAAUCUAUGGUUAGACAGCUAACUCUGAGGCAGCUUAGUCUAAUGAUACUCAAAGAAAUGAAGCUUUUUACGACAAAAUGUCUGCUAGAUGAACUUGGAGAACAACGGUUGAAGGAAUCACCUAUUUGGGAUCAGCAUGAAGAUGAGAACAUGAAGCUGCAGGAUAAUCUGAUGUCCAAAUUCUCAGAAGAACAGGAGAAGCUGUGUCAAGAGGCCGAAAUUCUCAUUCACCAGCAACUUGCUGCAGAAUCCCAGGCAUUCAUGGAUUUUUUAGGACAUCACAUGGAACAGGUGAUUGGUCAUGUUCUGACCCAACAAGCCAGAGUGCACUCCCUAAAGCAGAACCAUGAUGACAACACAGAGAAACUUAAGAAUCUAUUAGUACAGAGAGCAACUGAGAGUGUCUAUGUGACCAUGGAAGGUGUAACCCAUCUUAUCCAGAAUUAUUACCAACAGUUGGAAGAAAUCAUGGAGGUGUACAAAAAAGACAAAAAGAAUCAGCUGAGGCUCUUGCAAGAAACAUUUAAAAGACAAAAACUUAGUGAGGAGAAGGCUUUGGAGGAUAACCUUAAUACAGACUUAGUCAAUGUGAAGACAAUUCUUCUUCUACCAAGAAGAAUUCAGUACCAAUUGGUGCUACAGCAGAAGAGGACUAGAUCCAUGUUGUUGCUUGAAGAGGAGACACAUAUGGAGUUCCUAAAGCAGAGGGCUGUGCUGCUUAAUCAGCUCAAGGAGCAGGUUGAUAAACGUUUAAAGAAGGCAGAACAAACAUUCAUGUCCCAACUUGCUGCUUUAGCCAGAGUUUCCCACGCAGAUUGGAAGACUCUGGAAGAGAAAUUCCUUUCAGGAGCUAUAAGUGGAACACGUAAAAGGAAGGAACUCAGAAAUACCCUGUUUGCACAUCAAGCUGAAAGUGAUGCCAUAUGAAAGCAGUGACAGAAAUAAAAGUCUGACCUUUGAGCUUUGGUAAUGCUCCACAAGAUGCUUUGGCCCUUUAUCCAUGUCUCACCAUGGUGAGAACUAAAAUGGUUAUUCUUUGAAGCAAACACAGGUAACUUCUCAGGAAAAAGGCAAGACACAAAACCUAACAAUUAUUCAGAUAUGUGGAAUUAGUGACCAUGCAGGACAGAUGGUGCUACUGAGAAUAUGUCAUAUGCUGUAAGGAAACCAUUAAUAGGGCAAUAAAAGUUACCAGUAUUUGUUUCUACAUGAAAAAAUAAACCAUUAAUUCUUGAAACUUUUGGAAGGUAACUUGUGCUGAAAAUGUAGGGACAACUUUCAAGAGGUUGUUCAUUCUGUGCAUGACUAUUAAAGUUUUAAAUAAUGCCAGACUUCAGAGUGGAAUUUUUAUAAGCUGUAAUUUAAGUAGUUGCAAUGACUGUCGCUUUUUUAAUUGUUCAUACUGAGAGCUCAAGAAACAAAACUUGUUCAUAUAAAUAAGUAACAUACCAUGAAAGAUUUGUUCAAGAUUGGAGUGAUGCUCCAAUAAAAGUCCUGAAUUUAGAAUGCUUUAAUAAAAGAUUAUGGUUAUCUACACACAGUAUUGUUGCAGAAAUACUUGCUAAAGGAAAGAUGCAAAACUGAAAGGAUUAAACAUUUUUAUUGCCAUAAAAUGUACUUCCUAAACAGCUGUAUAGCACCAGUCAACAGGAAUGUUUCAAAAAUCUGAGAGUAAAUAAUGUCUUGCUAUAAAGUUAUGAACAUUGAUGUUUUCUUCUGCACUUUGAUUGAGAUUGUUUUUAUUUGAUUAUGUUAGGCUGUGUUUUGCUGCUGUUUUUUGAUAUAUGUUUCUUGUUACAGAAUACCAGUUAAUUCACAUAUUGAGAAAUGUAACAUUGUUGUAUUAUAGCAUGUUUUCCCCUCUGAUUUUAGGUUAUUUCUUCCCCCUUGUCUCCUGAGGAGAUGAUAAAGUGUUGAUUAUGUUAUGCUGGAAAAUAUCCUUUAAAAUGUAAUAGCAGCUUUUAAAUGAUUUUUUUAUAGUUUAUAUUUAGGUGAAAUUUCCAUGCACUCUCAUUCCUGUGGGUAUAUAUUUAAAAUGCAUGUGUGUCUGGUGUGUGUUUUGUCAGUCACGGGUUGGAUGUCAUUACUGCCAGCCUAGCAAGGAGCCACCAUUUGGUCCAAUGUGUCUGUGCCAGCUCUUUUGAAAGAACUAUCCAAUUAAUGCCAAUCCCCUAUUGUUUUUAUUUGUACCUCAGCAAUUUAUUUUCUUUAAGUAUAUAUUGACUUCCUUUUUAAAGGUUGAUAUUGAAUCUGCUACCACCACUCUUUCAUGCACUGAAUGCCAGAUAAAUAAAUGCAAAUAAAUUACUGUUCUUCAGUAGUUCAAAUUUUUUUUAAAAAUAAGCAAUAAAAUUACAACCUAAUAGGUACAAAUUCAGCUGGGACAAAAGCCACCAUACACAAAAAUUAAAGACUACCAAUCAAAAAAUGGAGUUACCCCCCCCAUCUACAAAUAAGACAAAUUCAAUUAAAUUGAUGAGCACUUACUAUUGGAAAUAAGAAUAAGGACAUUUAAAAAAUUACUGAAUUUAUGAGAUCAUUAUUCAACUCGCCUUAAACAUCAGCACUUUGUGUUAGGAAUGUCUUUCACACUGCUUUCCACCAGAGGCCUGUGUGAGGAGCCUGGGCCGGAACCUAUAGCCAUCACUUAUUUAAAGAAACUAAUUAACACAAUAGUAUCCACUUUCCAGCAUGUAUCUGUGUCUACAACUGCUUGAUAUUUUUAAGAUUGGCUAACAUUCGCAGAGCGUAUCAGGACUUGCUGUUUAUAAGUCCUGCCCCACCAGUAGAAAAUUACUGAGAAUGUAAACUCACAAGGAAACCAUUAAUAGGGCAAUAAAAGUUACCAGAAUUUGUUUCUACAUAAAAAAAUAAACCAUUAAUUCUUGAAACUUUUGGAAGGUAACUUGUGCUGAAAAUGUAGGGACAACUUUCAAGAGGUUGUUCAAUUUGUGCAUGACUAUUAAAGUUUUAAAUAAUGCCUGACUUCAAAGUGGAAUUUUUAUAAGCUGUAAUUUAAGUAGUUGCAAUGACUGUCUCUCUUUUAAUUGUUCAUACUGAGAGCUCAGGAAACAAAACUUGUUCAUAUAAAUAAGUAACACCCUGUGAAAGAUUUGUUCAAGAUUGGAGUGAUGCUCCAAUAAAAGUCCUGAAUUUAGAAUGCUGAAUUUAGAAUGCUGAAUUUAGAAUGCUUUAAUAAAAGAUUAUGGUUAUCUA